GUCUUAAUUUUUAUUUCUUUUCCUUUCCUUUCCAUGGUUCCAAACAGAGCCUUAAGUUUUCUCUACGUCGAACCGGGAUCCCUUUUGGACAGCAGGCUGCCGCCUGCCGCAGUCCCUAUCGUUCCCAGCUCCCCCUCCAUUUCUGUCUCACUACUUACAGAACUACAGACACUCGUGGAUAUGGCGGUUUAGAAAGAGAGAGAGAGAGAGAGAGAGUAUAAGGCAUGGCUGCCGCGUCGUCUUCUCACUCUUCAAUCACUCUCCGAUACUUACAAGUUCCCCAAACCCAACGCCCCUUGUUCCCCCACCUCAGAGCCAAUCUAAUCCUGCAACGCCACCCCUCCCCCCAUCCCGUGGUCGCCUUCGCUCGCCCGGCUCGCCGCCGUAACACCCCCAGCUCAUCCAUAAAAUCGUCGAAGAAAAAGAAGAAAAGGUUGCCUCGCAAUGAUGUUGCUGAGGAGGAAGAUUCAGGUGAAGACGCACUCGAGGCACUCUUUAGCCAGCUAGAAGAAGAUCUUGAAAAUGAUGAUCAAUCUCUUGAUGAUGAUGAUGAUGAUGAUGUUGAGAUGGGAGAGGAAGACCUUGCAAACCUUGAACGUGAGUUAGCAGAGGCAUUGGAGGAGGACAAGCAAUUAGGUUCAUUUGAUUCACACGAGGAUGAUGGAGUCAUUAGCGAAUCUGAAGAUGAUGACGACGACGAUGAUAUUGAAGAAGAUCUGGGGAAGCUUAAAAAUUGGCAACUUCGAAGAUUGGCAUAUGCUUUGAAAAAUGGCCGCCGUAAAACUGGUAUCAAAAAUCUUGCUGCUGAUGUAUGUCUAGAUCGAGCUGUUGUUCUCAAAUUACUUCGCGAUCCUCCUCCAAAACUUUUACUAAUGAGUGCCACAUUACCUGAUAAACCCAUCUCACCAAUCUUGGAGCCCAAAAGUGAACCCCUGGAAAAAGUUUCUUCUGAUGCAGCAGCAGAGGUCAAACAACCUAAAUCCAAGGUGGAAGUUCCAGUUCAUGUUAUGCAAAGCAGUUGGUCUGGUCGUAAAAGAUUAAAGAAAGUGCAAGUUCGUACCCUAGAAAGAGUUUAUGCUCGAACAAAGCGCCCCACUAAUACCAUGGUUGAUAGCAUUGUGAGCGUGACAAAGCUGCCUCGCAAAAAAGUGUUAGAAUGGUUUGAAGACAAACGUAGUGUAGAUGGGGUUCCUGGCAAUCGCCUCCCAUACCAACGGAUUGUAGAAGAAGACGACGAAGAAGAGGAAGAAGAAGAAGAAGAGGAGGAGGAGGAAGAGGAAGAAGAAGAAGAAGAGGAGGAGGAGUUAGGAUCCUCUGUAACUCCGACUAGGCAGAGUCUAGUGUACUAAGUACAAACUUACUGUGUUUGUGACAGAUGCUAUUGAUCAAUCAAUUGAGGAUUAUGUGCUUUUGAUGUUUU